AACCGUUUAAUAGUGAGCAAAUGUUUAAAAAAUCGUCAACUAAUGUAUAGGUACACAAAUCUGCGUUGAUAAAAUUCGUAUCUAAAAACUUCGAUUAUUUAUUACAUUUAAAGUUGCUGAUGAUUCAAUACAUCGGAUUGUUCUGUUUUUGUUCACUUUUCACAUAUGCAUGAACAUUAUCUAUCACCGAAUUUCAUUAGAAUUUAAGGGGUCAAUAAAAAUUAGAAAGUGUGUAGCAGUGUGUUUCUAGACUAGUUAUGAAUGGACAAACUUUUCUGCAGAAUAGUGGAUUUCUUGUUGCACGUGACAAACUAUAGUGUAGUAAUAUUCAAAUCAGUGUUCUCGUAAUAUGACUGAAAAAAAUGAGGUGGUACCACAGGAAGUACCUCAACCAACGGACAAUAAUGUUCUACACGAGUGCAAUUUACUUUUAAGGCAAAAUAAUAUGAACAUAACUCCGGCAGAUGGAGCCAACUAUAGGAAUCAAAUUGUCGGAAAUAGUGAACAUGACGUGAACGUCAAUAGGGUACAAAAUCGUAUAAGAUCAAAUACAAACACCAAAUAUGUUUAUUGCCCGUGGUUUCACGGGAAAAUAUCUCGAGAGGAAGCGGAAAACCUCUUGAGACCCAGAACUGAUGGUUUGUUUCUCGUCAGAGAAUCAACCAACUUCCCAGGUGAUUACACGUUAUGUGUAUGCUUCCAAUCAAAAGUAGAACACUAUAGGGUGAAAUCAAAUAAUGGAAAACUCACGACGGAUGACGAAGAAUUUUUUGACAAUCUCGAAGAACUAAUAGAACAUUAUAAGAACGACGCAGACGGGUUGUGUACAAAAUUAGUCAAACCACUUCCUAAAGAAAAAAGUGACACCGAAGCCGUUUAUACCAAUGUUAGCAAGUCUACUCCCAAAGAAAGUGACGAUCUUUUCGUCAUACCUGAGCAAGAAUUAGCAAUUUGUGAAUCAAUAGGAAAAGGUGAAUUUUGUGAAGUUAUGCUAGGGAAGUGGAAAAGUAACAAGGUUGCAGUCAAAGUUCUGAAGGAUUCUAGUGAAGCAGAAGCUAUUUUAAUGAAGUCUCUGCACCAUGAAAACUUAGUCAAUUUACUAGGUAUAGUUAGAAAAAAGGAGCAAAUAUACCUAGUGACCGAGUAUAUGAGUAAAGGUAGUCUAGUGGAUUACCUUCGAUCUAGAGGUAGACAGCAUGUUACCAGAAGGGAUCAAAUAAACUUUGCCUUCGAUACCAGCUCAGGAAUGGAAUAUUUAGAAAAAAUGCACGUAGUGCAUAGAGAUUUAGCGGCUAGGAAUGUUUUGAUUGCAGAAAAUGGAAGAGCGAAAGUUUCGGAUUUUGGGUUGGCGAGGAAUGAAAAGGCUGCUACACCUGAAUCGGCCAAAUUGCCGAUCAAGUGGACAGCUCCUGAAGCGCUCAAGCAAAAUAAAUUCUCGAAUAAGUCGGAUAUGUGGAGUUUCGGAAUACUACUUUGGGAAAUUUACUCCUUUGGAAGAGUUCCUUAUCCAAGAAUACCACUUGCAGAUGUUGUGAAACAUGUAGAAAAAGGAUAUAAAAUGGAAGCACCUGAAGGUUGUCCUCCAGAAGUUUACGAGAUCAUGCGGCAGGCUUGGGACCUGAAUCCAGAAAAAAGACCGAACUUUUACGAGGUGAAGACGAAACUAGGUAUAUUGAAACAGCAAACGCCACUGUGAAUGUAGAGUGUAUAAAUGUGUAUGACAGUAUGAAAGUAGUGUGCACCAAGUGAUAUGCAUGACUUUUCACCAUAAUUUAUCGAUUUUAAUAAGCAAUCAUUUCAAAAAAAGCUUCAAGCGAUGAAUGUACAGUUAAUCAAUUUUAUGUGAUGUGGAUUUAAAAAAAUAUUUUUUAUUGCCGUACUCUGUAAACAGAUUUAUUAUUUAUUUUCUAAAAAUUUUAUUUAUCGUACUUACAUUUAAGGAAAUUUAUAUUGCAGUCGAGUUAUGUACAUUUUGUAAGUUUUUCUGAUUUCAUUCAGAAGCAAUUUUUGUAAUUUUAGUUGUAUCUAAUGUAUAUUUUUUUAUUUUUAUUCUUGAAUUGGG